GUGCUUAACUCUUGAAUAUGUCAAUAAAUAACAGGUGUAAUAAAAUGAGAUAAUCAAUCCACUUGAAUUCAAUUAUUCUUGCAUAUCUCUGACACCUCUUCUGUAUUUGUUUUCCUCAAUUGCCUCGCGCCAAAGACGUUAAAGUUGAUCUUAGAGCAGUUUUCACUCCAGUUUCCCUACAAUCCUCCAAGAGUGUGGAUGGAAAAACGGUGGAAAAAUGGAGAGGAAGAUUUUUAAUGUGUUAAUUUUUGUGAUUUUUGGAAUAAGCCUAGCUCAGGGGCAGAGACUCUGCUACAAUUGUGAUUCAGCAACUGAUGCAACAUGUGCAACCCUUAGUUCGACCCUCCCACAAAAAACUUGUGCCUCCGCAACGGAUACAUGCUUUACGGCAAUUAUUGAUACAAGAACGGUAAGAGGAUGCUUGGCAGAAGACUACACAGGACCCUGCGAAGGUCCCCUCUGUGAGUCCUGCGGUGCCAAUUACUGCAAUGCAGCCAUCUUCCCAAGUAACAGAGCUCAGUGCCACAGAUGCGAAGGAGCUCAGUGUGCAGAAAUCACCAACAACGACAACCUCGAAGUUUGCACGAGUUACAACGAAAAUGACUCUUGCUACACAGUUGUUGUUGACGAUACCUUAGUCACGUACCGCGGUUGCUUCUCUGAUCCAGCAACUACUACUGGACGUCAAGAAUGUACCAGGUUAGAUGCACAAGGUUUCUGUAUUAGUUGCGCAGGAGCUGCUUGCAACAAUCAACCUGCUAUAGCGGCAUCUCAAAUGGAGUGUAUGAAAUGCAAUGGAGAUGCAUCCUGCCGCUAUGGACAACCUCAGGACUUUGGUCUUCAGUGUCUACACGAUACACUUCUUGGUCGUCCAGAAUAUUGCUACAGUUACGUAACUGGUGGCAACAGUGUAACGCGUGGUUGUCUCUAUGAUCCCUUCACGAACGAAAACUACCUUGAACAGUGCGAAACUGGAGCAGUUAACUGCACCCUGUGCACAUUCAAUCUCUGCAACUACGAAAGCUAUGCCUACCAUACUUGCUUCUCAUGUGACGGUCACACCGAUCCCAAUUGCGGAACCUUGGAUGGCUGGUAUGAACCUCAGGAAUGCCCUUCAGGCACCAUUGACCAAGUUGGAUGCUUCACAGCCACAACAGAUGGUGUUCCAAUGAGAGGAUGCAAAUCUCAACUUAAUACCGAUGAAAUUACCUUCUGCAGUUCUUCACAGUCCAGUUGCUCUCUCUGUGAUGGAGAUAACUGCAAUGGAAGGCCACCAAAGACUUGUAUCACAUGCGAUUCCAGUGAUGACGUUAAUUGCGCCACUGUUGCCGAUCCUACAGCUCUUUUGCAGUACAGCCAGGAGUGUUCAUCAUCAUCUGCUAUUUGUAUCUCCAGAAUUUCGAAUGGAUACACCCAGCGUGCAUGCUCUGGCUCAAUCUCAUGCCAAUCUGGAAAUCCUUGUAUGCAGUGCGAUGGUCCUAACUGCAACGACCAAGUUCUACCAACUGAUCGCCUGAAAUGCCAUAAAUGCUCUGGAGCUGGCUGUGCAGAUAUUAGCGAUGAAGCAAACCUCGAAUACUGCGAACUCUACGAUGCCAACGAUCAGUGCUUCACUGUAGUUACAGAUGCAGAAGUCGCCCAUCGUGGUUGCUACUCCGAUCCAAGCUCUGCAGCAGCCAAGUCUGUCUGCACACAGCAUGAAUCAGGCAAUGAUAGAUGCGUUAAGUGUUCCGGAGAAGGAUGCAAUACUCAGGUAACUAAGAGUCCAGCAACACUGUCCUGCAUUAAAUGUACUGGGCCUUCAUGCUCAGACUCCCAAGCUUCAACUCCUGGUCAAGCUUGCUUUGGAGAUGUUCUCUUGGGGCGUACUGAAAGUUGCUACUCGUACAUUCAUGAUAAUGGUCAAGUGGAACGCGGGUGCUUGUACGACCCGAGCACAUCACAGGCUAUCAGCAACGAAUGCUCCAACUCACCUGGUGGACGUUGCAAGGUUUGCACCGGAGGAAACUGCAACACCGAACAACUUGAAGUUACUGAAACUUGCUACAGUUGCGAUUCUAGUCUCGAUCCUGGAUGUGCAACCAUGACUGGCACAAUUGCAACGAAGCAAUGCCCAAUUGGUACCGUCCUUGGUUGUUUCCGUUCUGAAGUUGAUGGAAUUGUUGUCCGUGGUUGCGCUGGUGAACUCCAGGGAGGUGAAAUUGGUCUGUGCCAGCGAGGAACUACAUGCAAGUUGUGCGAUGGAAAUAAUUGCAACGAAAAAGUUGACUUCCAACGCUGCUAUACCUGUAAUUCAGCCAAUAGUGGAGCUGCAUGCACUGAUUUGCAGGACGUUGCAAACCAGGCUGUCUGUACAGACUACAUGGACUCCUGCAUCGUUGCCAUUGGUCAAAACGGAGAAACAAUCAGAGGAUGCGCUUCAACAUACCUUCCCGACUUCCCAACGUGCAACAGCUACACCUGCCAAAUUUGCGCUGGUGGAUACUGCAAUGGGGCUGUCUUCCCAGCUGCUAGAAAGCAGUGUCAUCAGUGCUCUGGUACUGAUGCUUGCAUUCAAAGUCUAACCUCAGCUAGCGAUACCCUCAAAGUCUGCACAACAUACGAAGCCGCCGAUCAGUGCUACACCGUUGUCACAGACGGUGAAGUUCAUCGUGGUUGCACAAGUGACACCAGCCAAGGCAAUACAAACUGCAACGCAGCAGGUGCUUCUUGCAUUAAGUGCCUUGAAGGUAAUGGCUGCAAUAGCCUUGCCGCCAGAUCAGCACCGACACUCUCUUGCAUCAAGUGCGCAGCUAAUGAUGUUGCAUGUCUGUGGGGCUUCAGUGAUUCUGCCGUUGAGAGAUGUGUCAAUGAUGUUUGGAUCGGUACUCAAGAAACAUGCUACAGAAUGAUUUCCGGCUCCAGUGCGGUUCGUGGCUGCACACUCGACAACCCAACUCAGUGCCCAGAUUCUAACACAGCAUGCAUCAAGUGCACUGGAAAUGCUUGCAAUUCAGUUACAUUCAAGUAUCAGCAGUGUCUCCAUUGCUCAAGCGAUACCGAAGGACAGGAGUCAUGUGGCUCUGAACCAACUGAGUACAGCUCAACACAGUGCUCAGGAGAUAGUCAGACUUAUGAAGGUCGUGGAUGCUACGUGCUUGUAGAUGAUGAUGGUGUUGUGAAGAGAGGUUGCGCAAAGGAUCUCGGUGAUCAGCUCCUGACUCAAUGCAAGAAUGAAGAUAACGAAGAGUGCACUUACUGCGAGGCUGAUGGUUGCAACGAUUGGCCAGCAGGUGCUUCAGCCAUUCAAGCAUUCUCAGUGGGUGCAAUGCUCCUUGUUGCUAUUGCAGGGAAAUUCUUCUACUAAAUGUAAAGCCAUAGUGUGGCACACAAAUAAAUCUUGUUGUUAGUUAA